UAAAAAGGGUUCGAAACCUCCAAAACCCGUCGACCCCGAAAUCUCCAUAUGCCAUGUACCUCUACAGCCUCACUCUCCAGCGCGCGACCGGCAUAGUCUGCGCCAUCAACGGCAACUUCUCCGGCGGAAAGACGCAAGAAAUCGUGGUGGCCAGAGGCAAGGUGCUCGACCUCAUCCGCCCCGACGACAACGGGAAGAUCCAAACCCUCCUCUCCGUCGAAGCCUUCGGCGCCAUUAGGUCCCUGGCUCAGUUUAGGCUCACCGGCUCCCAGAAAGACUACAUCGUAGUCGGCUCCGAUUCGGGCCGCAUUGUAAUUCUCGAGUACAACAAGGAGAAAAACGUCUUUGACAAGAUCCACCAGGAGACGUUUGGUAAAUCCGGAUGCAGGAGGAUAGUGCCGGGUCAGUACUUGGCUAUCGACCCGAAAGGGCGGGCCGUUAUGGUCGGUGCCUGUGAGAAGCAGAAGCUAGUUUAUGUUUUGAACAGGGACACCGCUGCCAGGUUGACCAUAUCGUCGCCGCUGGAGGCUCAUAAGUCGCAUACGAUAGUGUAUUCCAUCUGCGGAGUCGACUGUGGGUUUGACAAUCCGAUCUUCGCUGCCAUUGAGUUGGAUUACUCAGAGGUGGAUCAAGAUUCGAGUGGGACCGCCCAGAGGGAGGCGCAGAAGCAUUUGACCUUGUACGAGCUGGAUUUGGGGCUUAACCAUGUGUCAAGGAAGUGGUCUGACCAGGUCGAUAAUGGUGCCAAUCUGCUGGUGACUGUUCCUGGAGGUGGGGAUGGGCCGAGCGGUGUGUUGGUCUGUGCGGAGAAUUUUGUGAUUUAUAAGAACCAGGGGCAGCCGGACGUGAGGGCUGUGAUUCCGAGGCGUGACGAUUUGCCUGCGGAGCGUGGGGUUCUUGUAGUCUCGGCAGCCACUCACAAGCAGAAGUCCAUGUUCUUCUUUCUUUUGCAGACCGAGUAUGGAGACAUGUUCAAGGUCACUUUGGAGCAUAACAAUGAUAUCGUCUCCGAGUUGAAGAUCAAGUACUUUGAUACGAUUCCGGUUACAACUUCAAUCUGUGUGUUGAAAUCGGGAUUUUUGUUUGCUGCUUCGGAGUUUGGGAACCACUCUUUGUACCAAUUCCAGGCAAUAGGUGAAGAUCCUGAUGUUGAGUCUUCCUCGGCUACUUUGAUGGAGACUGAAGAGGGUUUCCAGCCGGUCUAUUUCAAGCCUAGAAAGCUGAAGAACCUCGUGAGGAUUGAUCAGGUUGAGAGCUUGAUGCCGAUAAUGGAUAUGAAGGUUUCUAAUCUCUUCGAAGAAGAAACACCUCAAAUAUUUACACUUUGUGGGCGUGGUCCUCGUUCAUCCCUCAGGAUACUAAGACCUGGUUUGGCUAUUAGUGAAAUGGCUGUGUCCGAGCUUCCUGGCGUGCCGAGUGCAGUUUGGACGGUGAAAAAGAAUGUGAGUGAUGAGUUUGAUGCAUACAUUGUGGUGUCAUUCGCUAAUGCUACUCUUGUGCUUUCCAUUGGUGAGACAGUCGAGGAAGUUAAUGACAGUGGGUUUCUUGAUACUACCCCGUCACUUGCAGUGUCUUUGAUAGGUGAUGAUUCUCUCAUGCAAGUUCACCCAAAUGGCAUUAGGCAUAUUAGGGAAGACGGGCGUAUCAAUGAAUGGAGAACUCCUGGAAGGAAAACCAUUGUCAAGGUCGGUUCUAACAGACUUCAGGUUGUAAUUGCUCUGAGUGGAGGGGAACUUAUAUACUUUGAGGUCGAUAUGACUGGUCAAUUAAUGGAGGUUGAGAAGCAUGAAAUGUCUGGAGAUGUAGCUUGUCUGGACAUUGCCCCAGUACCUGAAGGGAGACAGAGAUCUCGUUUCCUUGCGGUUGGCUCAUAUGACAACACAAUUCGUAUCUUGUCAUUGGAUCCUGAUGACUGUAUGCAGAUUCUGAGUGUCCAAAGUGUUUCUUCAAUUCCAGAAUCUCUCCUGUUUCUUGAGGUUCAGGCAUCAGUUGGUGGUGAGGAUGGUGCUGAUCAUCCAGCCAACCUUUUCCUUAAUGCCGGUUUACAAACUGGAAUUUUGUUCAGAACAGUCGUGGAUAUGGUGACAGGUCAGCUUUCUGAUUCCCGCUCUCGAUUCUUAGGACUGAGAGCUCCAAAGCUAUUUUCUAUUAGCAUAAGAGGCAAGCAUGCCAUGCUUUGUUUGUCAAGUCGCCCCUGGCUUGGUUAUAUCCAUCAAGGACAUUUCCUGUUAACUCCCCUAUCAUAUGAGACUCUUGAAUAUGCGGCUUCAUUUGCAUCUGAUCAAUGCGCGGAAGGUGUAGUCGCUGUUGCUGGCAGUGCUUUAAGGGUUUUUACCAUUGAAAGACUGGGAGAAACAUUUAAUGAAACUGUGAUUCCUCUGAGGUACACCCCUAGAAAGUUUGUGGUUCAAGUGAAACGAAAGCUUUUGGUUAUUAUUGAAAGUGAUCAAGGAGCAUUCACAGCAGAAGAGCGUGAAGCUGAUAAAAAGGAGUGCUUUGAGGCUGCAGAACUAGGUGAAAACGGUAAUGGUAAUGUUGAGCAUAUGGAAAAUGGUGAUAAUGAGGAUGAUCCCCUCUCCGAUGAGCACUAUGGCUAUCCCAAGGCAGAGUCUGGCAAAUGGGCUUCUUGCAUUCGAGUUCUUGACCCAAAGACAGCAACCACGACUUGUUUGCUCGAGCUUCUGGAUAACGAGGCCGCCUUCAGUGUGUGCACUGUGAAUUUUCAUGAUAAGGAGUAUGGUACACUUUUGGCCGUUGGUACUGCUAAGGGACUUCAGUUCUGGCCCAAAAAAAGUAUUACUGCUGGAUAUAUUCACAUAUAUCGGUUUCUAGAUGAUGGGAAGUCCCUUGAACUUUUGCACAAGACACAAGUGGAUGGUGUCCCUCUUGCUUUGUGUCAGUUUCAAGGAAGGUUACUCGCUGGGAUAGGAUCAGUGCUCAGGCUAUAUGAUUUGGGAAAGAAAAGAUUGCUUAGAAAAUGUGAGAAUAAGCUGUUUCCGAACAAUAUCGUAUCCAUUCAAACCUAUCGUGAUCGAAUUUACGUUGGUGACAUUCAAGAGUCAUUCCACUACUGCAAGUAUAGGCGGGAUGAGAAUCAGCUAUACAUAUUUGCCGAUGAUUGUGUUCCAAGAUGGCUUACAGCAUCAUUUCAUAUAGACUUUGACACCAUGGCGGGUGCAGACAAGUUUGGAAAUGUGUAUUUUGUGAGGUUGCCACAGGAUGUUUCAGAUGAGAUAGAAGAAGAUCCAACAGGUGGGAGGAUAAAAUGGGAGCAAGGAAAGUUGAAUGGUGCUCCCAACAAAGUCGAGGAGAUAGUGCAAUUUCAUGUUGGUGAUGUGGUCAGCUGCUUGCAGAAGGCAUCUCUCAUUCCAGGUGGUGGUGAGUGUAUCAUUUAUGGGACAGUGAUGGGUAGUUUGGGUGCAUUGCUUGCAUUCACCUCUCGUGAUGAUGUUGACUUCUUCUCUCACCUGGAGAUGUAUAUGAGACAAGAACAUCCCCCCUUGUGUGGAAGAGAUCACAUGGCUUACAGAUCAGCUUAUUUCCCGGUUAAGGAUGUUAUCGAUGGAGAUCUAUGUGAGCAGUACCCAACUUUGCCUAUGGAUCUACAGAGGAAAAUUGCAGACGAGUUGGACAGAACUCCUGGAGAGAUACUGAAGAAACUUGAGGAAAUUCGAAAUAAGAUCAUCUAAGAAAAAGAUAACGCCCAAUGGUAGCUCCUGAUCUUUGUCAAACCUUGUGGAUUCAAGACCAUAGUCUGAUAACUCUGCUGUUCUCUAGAUGGUUUAUGCUAUUCUGAGGACACUAACAAGUCUAUUUGCAUUGUCGUCUUUGUUAUGAUACUCGAAAUAAUAUUGUAGAGUGAGGUUCAAAUGGGUUUCCUUGUUUUGUUAUGAUUUGUCAUUAGGUUGAAAGUGCUGAAUUGACU